AUGUCUGAGGCGGAAAGGCAGCUCGCAAUUGUGCUACAAGCUCUGGUGAAAUCGGACUUGAACUAUAUCUGUCCUCGAUGUUACCAGCUCUUUUCAGACAUCAUUGCAUGUUAUCGUCAUUGUCGAGAGGCAGGAGAAGGCGACAGAGCAGAUGAUAUUCACAAGGGGCUUGGUUUGAUCACGAAAAAAGACUUCCCGGAAUUCCUUAGAUGCUAUCGGGUGGCUAUUGGGUUCUCAAUUGCUGAAUGUGACCUUCCAUUGGGAGGCGGCCCCGGACGGCGCUCAUAUGACAAGUGCUUUGCAGUUGAAUUUGUGCUUGAAAAGUGUGUCCCUAGUAGAGACACAAUGGACGCAAUGUGGCUGGCCGUGAUCAAAAUCUAG